AUGGUGAAGAGACCGAGAGAUGAAGGAGAGCCGCAGGAUGGACCAUCGAGCAAGCGCAGCAGACCCUCCUCGGUCGACCGUUUCUCGAAGCUGAGCGAUGAACUCUUGCUCAAAGUACUCUCGUUCUUACCUGUUUCACAGCUCGUAGUGUGUCAAAGACUCUCACACAAAUACCAGACUCUGGCAGGAGAUGGUCAGCUAUGGAAGCAUCACUACUACGAUCGCUUUGUACGCCCUCGAGCUAGCAGGCUGCCAGGACGGAAAGAGCUCGCAACACCCAAUGAGAGUCUACACUACUCAUCCAAAGCCUCCAGAUGGCUCGACGACGAUCACUUGGUCAAGAGCGGCGGCCGCACGAAUUGGAAGAAGCAGUACAAGCUUCGGCACAAUUGGUCAAGAGGUAGCUGCGCAGUCAAUGUGAUACCUGUUGCAGAGGAGGCUCCGAUCCCACCGAUACUAGUGCAGAUGCAUAAAGGCGUGGUGUACAUGGUUAACCAAGCAGACGGCCUACGCGCCUGGUCCACGAAGGAUGGACGACAAUUGGUCGCGCAACUACAAUUUUCCGGCCUGGCAUCGCGCAGUCCUCCAACUUCGCUAGCCAUCGACACGCAGGCGCAAUCAGAAGAUAGUACGAGAAUUGCUGUUGCCUUUGAAGACGGAUCGUUCAGCAUCUACAAGCUCCAUCAUGGUGCCGGCACCUUUACCCACGAGUACAGCCACGAGGCGUCUUCAAAUGGAGUUAUCUCAGCAACAGCCUUGUCAUGGCCGUACGUGCUGACGAUGACAGCGACUCAGCUGCUGUCGCUGUAUCGAUUCGCGGAAAUACCUGUGAGGGAGAUUGGCGAAGACAUACUGGAUCCUCCGCGGUUGCUACAUUCCUUGAGGUCACGAACAGUGUGGCCGCCGCUCUCAGUGUCCUUGAGACCAUCGACCACGGCCAUUACUAUCUGCGUUGCGUACACCCUGCCAACAUACCUCUCCGGCUGGACCGUCGGGCUACAAGAAGUCAAAGUCGACCCUGACGGCACUCUCAUCAACUCACGCUUGGCAUCCGCAAUCGAUCAGCAUUACCGCCCUCUUGCUUUCAGCAGCAGACCGAUCAUGCAACAUCUCACGCCCUUCUCGCCGGCGCCCGGGUCGUCAGCCUCUCUGGAGCUCAAACAUAUCCACGCCAAACCGACAUCGCUAUCGUACACUCAUCCUUACCUACUAGUGUCGCACCCCGACAAUACGUUGGCUUUGUAUCUCGUCACGUCCACGGCAGAGUCGCUAGCAAUCAGUGCUGGGAGUCGGCUGUGGGGUCAUACCUCGUCCGUCUCUGGAGCGCAUGUUGGUGGCCGUGGGAAGGCAGUAUCUGUCAGCAGAAGAGGAGAUGAGCUGCGUGUUUGGGAGCUGGAAGGAGGCUUUGGUUCAUCCACGGCUCGGAAACGACUCGCGACUGGCGACCUGAGUGUACAAAUCAAGCCCGAACGCCAUCGACGCGACCCUCGGACUGCCUCCGGGUCGGACUCCAGCUUGAUCAGCCAGGCGAUAGCCACAAGAUCAAUGGCACCAAGUUGUGGUCUUGAGUGUGUCAGUGACGACACAUCUGAGCUAACACUGACUCCCGGCUGGGUUGGGUUCGAUGAUGAGAAUGUUGUUGUGUUGAAAGAGCGAAGCCAGGGGACCCAGGCCUUGGUUGUUUACGAUUUCACAUGA